AUGGACAAGGAGCCAGGAGGCAUUGUCAUUGGUGAAAUUGUUUCUCAAGUCUUUUUCCUCUCUGAUACUCUCUCUUUUAUGGAACAGCCUGCCCAGAUCACAAUUGACGAACCUAUAUCAGUGCCAAAGAACUACCAGCACGUUCUGGCCUUAGCAUUUGCUGUCAAAGAAAUCAACGAGAAUCCCAACAUCUUAUCCAAUAUCUCCCUGGGGUUUCGUAUCCUCAAUAGCUACUACACUGCAAGGAUGACGUUCAAGGCCACCCUCAGCCUGCUCUCCACAGAACAUAGGUUUGUCCCCAACUUCAAAUGUGACAACCAAAACAAUCUGAUAGCUUUCAUUGGGGGAUGUAUCUCUGAAGUCUCUGCCAACAUGGCCAUCAUUUCAGCAAUCCACAAGACUCCACAGCUGACUUAUGGAUCAUUUCUGCCACUAAAAGGUGUCAAAAAGUUCUUCCCAUUUUUGUAUCAGAUGGUCCCAAAUGAGACCCACCAGUACACGGGGAUUGUGCGAUUACUUCAGCAUUUCAAGUGGACAUGGAUUGGGCUUUGGGCUGUGGAAGAUGACAGAGGGGACAGGUUUUUAAAGACAAUGGUCCCAAUCCUUUCCCCUAAUGGCAUCUGUUAUGCCUACAUAGUAAGAAUACCAAAAUUGACUUAUGUGGAUGAGAUGAUAGACUUUGCUUUACAGCAUUUAGGAACCUAUGCAAUGGUCUUUGAGGAUAACCCAACUGUGUUCAUUGUUUAUGGAGAACCUCCAUCCUUUCAGGCUUUGAGAAUGUUGAUAUUUGUAUCACCCUUAUUCCUUUUUCCAACUCUGGGCAAAGUGUGGAUUGUUACAUCCCACUGGGAUUUUGCAUCACACUCUAUGGAGAAGAACUGGGAGGUUCACCAUUAUCUGAGGAGCAUCACAUUCAAUAAUAGUGCUGCUGAGAAUGUGCACUUUGAUGAAAAUGGAGAAUUGGUUGCAGGUUUUGAUAUUACAAACUGGGUGAUGUUCCCCAAUGGUUCAGUGGUUAGAGUAAAGAUUGGAAGAUUAGAACCCCGGGCUCUUCCAGGCAAAGAGUUAACCGUUCAUGAUGACCAGAUUGUGUGGCAUCCACGUUUUAAUCAGUCCCUUUUAUAUUAUUCUGUGCAGGUGCUGCCCCUCUCUGUGUGCAAUGACAACUGCUAUCCUGGCUACAGCAGGAAAAAGAAGGAGGGAGAGAAAUUUUGCUGUUACGACUGUGCUCCAUGUCCAGAAGGAAUGAUAUCUGGCCAGAAGGAUAUGGAUGCCUGUGUCAAAUGUCCGGAAGACGAAUAUCCAAACAAGGACCAAACUAGAUGCAUUGCUAAGGUUCUAAGUUACCUCUCUUACAAAGAAGAUUUGGGGAUCACCUUAGCUGCCUUGACUAUUGCUUUCUCGUGGAUCACAGUUUUAGUUCUUGUGAUUUUUGUCAAGCACAGGGAGACUCCAAUCGUUAAAGCCAACAACCGGACACUCACCUACAUCCUCCUCAUCUCCCUCCUCCUUUGCUUCCUCAGCUCCUUACUCUUUAUUGGGAAGCCUGGGAAAGUGAUCUGCCUCCUCCGACAAACAGCGUUUGGGGCCAUCUUCUCUGUGGCCCUUUCCAGCAUUUUAGCCAAAACCAUCAUGGUGGUGAUGGCAUUUAUGGCCACCAAGCCAGGUUCUACAAUAAGAAAAUGGGUGGGGAGAAGACUAACAAAUUCCAUCAUCCUUUCCUGUUCCUUUCUUCAAGUUGGCAUAUGUACUCUUUGGCUAAGUACUUCCCCUCCAUUCCCAGACACAGACAUGCACUCGGCGAAUGAGGAAAUUAUACUGGAAUGUAAUGAAGGUUCCACUGCCAUGUUUUAUUUCGUCUUGGGCUAUAUGGGUUUCCUAGCCAUGAUCAGCCUCGUGGUGGCUUUCUUUGCCAGGAAAUUACCUGACAGUUUCAAUGAAGCCAAAUUUAUCACUUUCAGCAUGUUGGUGUUUUGUAGUGUGUGGUUGUCUUUUGUUCCAACCUACCUGAGCACCAAAGGGAAAUACAUGGUGGCUGUGGAGAUCUUCUCCAUCUUGUCCUCCAGUUUGGGGUUACUGGCCUGCAUUUUUUCCCCUAAGUGCUACAUCAUUCUUCUGCGACCUGAGCUGAACAACAAGGAGCAAUUAGUAAGGAAAAUGAAAUGA